AUGACUUUAUUCAGAAACUCAUACAACCAUGAGCUGUCCGUUCCACCUAAACCGUCAUCAGCGCUUGAUCUGCUGAAUCACCGCCAUCAUAUCAAGCAGCUUCCAUUGGAGUAUAAUUCACAUGAAAUGCUUCGACAGUUUCAUGCUAAUUCUUCUCGGGGCAGCAACACUAGCAUGGUGCAAUUGCAUUCUCCACUAGCACGUGUACCAAAUACCUGCCAGCAUUUAACAAAUGACUCUAAAACCUCUCCUGCUUUUCACUUGGAAAACCGGCCGUUUGUAUCUACAGCUCCCCCUUCGUCUUUUCAUAGCAGUACAUCAAGACCGUUUCAUCCUGUAUCUAUCCAAUCUAUCACCCACUCAUCUGCCGAAUGUUCAGACUAUACUGAUUCAUUAUCAUGGACUGGUCCAAACACUUCUGCCACCAACGCUCUUGCUUCCGACUGCUGUGCAACAAUGGAAGAAUCAAUGACUGAUCAUACCAUGGUAGUCAGUUCACCCAUCGAAAACAAGAAUAACAAACCAUGCUUAUUGGAUGAACCGUGCUUAGAUACCGAGUCCUCUACUAUUUGCAAUCCGCGGAGUGCAUUUGUUCAAUCAUCCAACUCGGACAAUUCAAUAGACUCGUCCAUUCGAUACGAAGCGGUAAUUGAACAGGAACCCGUUCGUGCUCGAAUGUGCGGAUUUUCAAAUGGACGUGAUCGAAGACUGCUCAGAAAUCCACCGCUAAUUGUUCAGAUAUUUACGUAUCAAAACAAUGUCAGAACAGCCAUCGAUUUGGACCAGCAUCCCUCUCUCAUGUGCCAUGUAUCGCUUUGGUCCGAAGAUGGAACUCAGCAUUUCAGUGCAGUUAAAAAUCCACGAGCAGCUCAGCCCUAUCGAUUUACAGACGAUAUGGAAGGACGAAGUGCGCUCAUGAACCAUUUAUCGUUGAGCACUUUGGGUGCUUCUUCAUCCCAAUUAGAAUCAGAUCAAUACUGUGAUAUUAUUAUAGGCACCACCAUUGUAAAAUCCACAAAGCUACAGGAUCUAGAUAAUAAUGGCGGAGUAUAUUUUGUCUUUCCUGAUUUGAGUAUUCGUUCACCUGGAAGGUUUACUCUACGAUUCCAAGAGGGAAAUCUUGGAAAUUCAACAGUUGUCUUCAUGUCAAUCACCAAAAGAAAUACUGAUAAACUAGAGGUCAAAGGAUACACUACUGCCCAGUCUACACAAGUGUCUUCUGUUGUAGCCAUGGCUACAACUAGUGUUUUUGAAGUCUAUUCUUCAAAGAGCUUUCCAGGUGCUCUAGAACCCACAUCGCUUAGUCGAGCAUUUGCUAGUCAAGGUAUCGUUUUGCAUUUUAGAAACGAUCGAUCACGCAAUAGAGAAUCAGUUUUGACUGCCAAACGAACCAGCAAUUCUACUGAGCGUAUCUGCAAGCCCAAUGUACAUCGUCAUUCUCCACGAUAG